AUGUCCGACCACGACAGCGCCGUCGCCACCGGGGCUUCGGCCGGCGAAAAGGGCCUCGCGAGCCCCCGCGCCCCCGGCGUCAGCGCCGGCGAGACAAAGGUCCAUGAGGAGCCCGCCGUGCUCACGGCCUUUGAGCAGGAGGAUCCCUGGACGCGCUGUGGCCUCACCCUCCGCUCCUUCAAGCCCCUCUACUAUGGCCGCGGCGUCGUCGAGCUCGACCGGUCCAUCAAGACGCGGCACCUGCACAUGAUUGCGAUUGGAGGCUCCAUUGGCGCUGGCUUUUUUGUCGGCUCCGGCAGUGCCCUGAGCAAGGGUGGCCCCGCCUCGAUCCUCAUCUGCUUCUCCAUUGUCGGCUUCAUGGUUUUCAACAUCGUCUUUGCUCUCGGCGAGCUCGCCAUCAUGUAUCCCAUCUCCGGCGGCUUCUACACCUACGCGACCCGCUUCGUCGACCCGUCUUUUGGCUUCGCCGUCGGCUGGAACUACCUGUUCCUAUGGCUCACCGUCCUGCCGCUCGAGUUAACCGUGUGCUCGCUCGUGAUACAAUACUGGGACGAACAGACCAGCGUGGCCGCGUGGAUCACCAUCUUCCUCGUCGCCGUCAUCAUCGUCAACAUCUUCGGGGGCAUCGGCUUUGCCGAGGAAGAGUUCUGGGCCUCACUCAUCAAGCUCACGGCGAUUACCACGUUUAUGAUUGUCGCCCUCGUCCUCGUGCUCGGCGGCGGCCCCAGCAACGGGAGAUACAACGAAUACUGGGGCACACGCUAUUGGUCGGAUCCCGGCGCCUUCCGCAACGGCUUCCGCGGCUUCUGCUCCGUCUUCGUCACGGCCGCCUUCUCGCUGACGGGCACCGAGCUCGUGGGCCUGGCCGCGGCCGAGACCAAGAACCCCGUCAAGUCGCUGCCCGGCGCCGUCAAGCGCGUCUUCUGGCGGAUCCUCGUCUUCUAUAUCCUGGGAUUGUUCUUCAUCGGACUGCUGGUGCCGGCCGACGACCCGCGGCUGCUGGCCAGCAAGGCCAUUACCGACGUCAAGGCGUCGCCGUGGGUGCUCAUUGGCCUCUAUGCCGGCCUCAGGGGGCUCGACCACUUCAUGAACGGCGUCAUCCUCGUCUCGGUGCUCUCCAUUGGCGUGUCGAGCGUCUUUGGCGGCUCGCGGACCCUGACGGCGCUGGCGCAGCAGGGGUAUGCGCCGAAGCUGUUUACCUACAUUGACCGGUCCGGGCGGCCGCUCUUCUCCGUCAUUGUGCUCAUCAUGACGGGGCCUCUGGCCUACGUGAACCUGAGCGCGACGGGGCCCCUGGUGUUUGAGUGGCUGCAGGCCCUGUCCGGGCUCGCGGUGCUCUUCUCGUGGGGCGCCAUCUGCCUGGCGCACAUCCGGUUCCGCAAGGCGUGGGCGUACAACGGCCACUCGCUGGAGGAGAUACCAUUCAAGGCGCUCUUCGGGGUCUGGGGCUCGUGGGUGUCGCUGGGGCUGUGCCUCAUCGUCAUGGCGGCACAGUUCUUCACCGCCAUCGCACCCGUCGGCGUCGACGGCCUCAACACGGCCGAGGGCUUCUUCAAGGCGUGCCUGGCGCUGCCGAUUGUGCUGGCCUUUUGGCUGCUGGGCUUCAUCUGGAAGCGGUCAGGCUGGCUGCGGCUCGACGAAAUCGACGUCGACACGGGCCGGCGCGAGCUGGACUGGGACGAGGUGAAUGCGUACCGGGAGUACAUCAAAGGUCUCCCUCUGUGGCGGCGUGUGCUCCACAGGCUGUUUUGA